AUGUUUCUGAUAUACUUGCAGCUUCUCCCCGCGAUUCGUCCACUUCUGCUGCUCCUGCAGCCACUUCCUCCCCAGCCCGGCUCCCCCCCCUCCACUGAGGGGGUUGAGGGAACCACCCCCACCCCCGCGACCACCACUGCCGCCGCCGCCCCCGCGACCGCCGCCACCAUUGCUGCUGCCGCUGCUACUACCACCGCCACCGCCGCAAGCGCCGCUGCCCCUGCUCCUGGCCCCGGCCCCGCGACCGCCGCUGCUAUCACCCUCCCCUCGCGUACAGCGACGUACGCGAGGGGAAACAGGGUGAUGACCUUAACAAUGGUAAACAUUGUAGCGGCCCCCGCGGCUCCCGCCCCUCUGCUCCCUGGACCUCCCCCGCCUCCUGCGGGCACACCCAGGGCUCAAUGGGACCGGCCGGCGCCCUAUAAGCGGGCUACUGAUGAAGAGUGGGGUACCUUCUUCUUCAUCGAGCUGCCUCCCGCGGCCUGGUUUACAGGUCGUUCGGAGGCAGCACCUGCUAUAGUACCCGGUCUCCCCCCCUGGAUAGGCAGCUGGCUGUCCGGGCCCAGCUCCACGAGGGCAUCCUCAUGUCUUGGGCUGGCCGGCAGCCUCUACCCGACCAGAAUAGGACUGUGCCCCUGUAACUAUCGCGAGGCUAUUAGUACCUCUAGAUAUAUUCACGGAGUACUAGUAGCUCCAUGUGUCUUCUUCGCGAUUCGCAGCUACCUGAUCUCUUACUUCUCUGAUUUCGCGGAUACGUUAUUAUAA